GCACCAUUCUAGUUUCUGUGAGGUCUCAGUGUACAAGGAAGUAACUGUUAAUAAUCAACACUCGCUGCAAGAUUGAGAGAGUGAGAGAGAGCUGUGUUGCUGUAAAGCAGGUGUGCUUCAUGAAUAAACUAUAGAGUGUAACCCUACGGGUACUGAUGAAACAAAUAGAAGUUUCACAGCCAUGGAUAAUACAAGAACUCAAGACACUAUUCCACAGCUAAGCCAAGAAAAAAUCCUGAAAAUUAUGAACAUGGUGAAAAAUAAAGAACUGAGCAUCGAAGGAGCUUUGGAUUUGGCACAGAAAGAGAUGCACGCAGAAAAGGAAGCAAUGACUUUGGCAUUCCCGAUGGAUUCGCAGGAUGUGCUGACUGGUUCACAGUUCAACUUCAGUGUCUACAAAUACAAACGAUAUAGGUGGCAGAAACGAAUUUUGCAGAUUGAUUUUAACACACAGACCAUUUUUAACAUUGAGAAAGGGAUCAUCAAGAAACAGUUCCCAUUUCCACAAAUUAAAUCCUGUGAAGACAGUGAAGGGAGGCGCUUCAGCAUCGCAUUUCACGGGCGUCCGGAUUAUGAGCUGGAAGCAAUGUCUCUUGAAGAUAAAAGAAAAAUAUCACACCUGGUGAACAAAGUUACCCAGAGUAAUUCAUACAGGAGACCUAUAGAGUUCUGCUCUGGAAGACCUGCCAAAUGUGAUGUGAUACAUGAAGGACUACUGGAUUUGCAGGAAGACAGUUUUGCAUCCAUUAAAUGGGUGAAAUAUUUGGUGCAGCUAAGUGAAAGAGAACUGAGUUUAUCUUGCAUCGGCAACAAUGAAGAGAACAAGAAUGCAGACCCUGUACCAAAGACAAUUAAUUUGUCAGAUGGAAAUGUGAGUGUCAUUAAAGAGAAUGGAUAUGAUACUUUCUCCAUCCAGACCCAGGAACACAAUUACUUGUUUCGAAUACCCUUUACUGUCCAGAAUAACAGGGCAGAGGACAUUAGCAAGCUCCAGAAUGAAUGGGUAUCGCUCAUAGACAGGUAUUGUCUGCUGUGGAAGAAACGCUCAGAACCUCAGGAAGGCUUUGGAGAAGGCACCUCAGAGGCUGUAUAUGAAAAACUCAUCUUCUCUCCAAAUAAGCAGGCAGAAGGAGCCCACUGCCUUGCUCUGGGUUCUGAAGCAGCUCCCCGAUCAACCCCCCCCACAGAGCAAGCAACCCCAUCAUCAUCAUCAUCAUCAUCAUUUCCACUUUCCAGAGUUCAGGCAGGAGUGCUGCCACCACCUUCUUUCCCGCCACCCUCCUGCCUCUUGCCAGCAUUGAAAAGAACAAAAGCAUUUCACUGGGAUGCUGUUCCUCAAGAGAAGAUUCAGAAAUCGAUCUGGGCAUCAUGUAGCCUACAUAAGAAAAAAAUAGAUGAAUCUAGAAUCUAUGACCAGUUUCAUAUCCAGGACAUGGCAGUAUUUUCAGGCAACGAACCUUCAGUGAAUCGGCAUAUUAUGUUAAAUCAAAAAAUUGCACAUACCUUCAACAUUUUUUUGAAAAGUUUUCAUAUAAAACCAAACCAGCUGAAAGAAAAAUUAUACAUUCUACAUGAAGAUGGUGGCGGACUUACAGAUGAGCAGAUUACAGCCCUAAGAAGAUAUCUGCCAACUCCAAAAGAUUUAGAAAUGUAUCAGUCCUUCAAGGGAUCUCCUUCAGAGCUUCAUGUGGUUGAUCAAUUUAUGCUAGAGAUGUGUAAAAUUCCUCAUUUAGGCAAAAGAUUGAAUCUCUUGCUUACGAUACGAGAACUUCCCAGGUGCAUGGGUGAUCUGGAGCCUCUAAUAAACCAGAAGAUCCGAACGUGCAAAGAGCUGCAAGCCAGCCAGAAAUUUGUUGCUGUGUUGGAGUACAUCUUAGCCAUUGGGAACUACUUAAAUGAAAAGGCUGGAAGAGAGAUGGCCAAAGGAUUUCGAUUGUCUUCUUUGACCAAAUUAUCUCUGCUGCGGGGUAAGGAGAGGAAUAUCACCUUGCUUCAUGCCCUUGUAGAACAGAUCUUCUUACAUGAGCCUGAUUUGGUUAAAUUUUCUCAGGAGUUGACAGAAUUUGAAGCUGUUCCUGGUGCUUCCAUCAAAGGUCUCUGUGCUGAAGUUGAUGUGUUAAAGAAAGAAUUGGAAAAUGUUAUUCAGUACAGAAAGUUUAUCAAGUCCAAGACUAUCAAGGCAACAACCCAAGAGUCACAGUUCUACAAGGAACUAAAGAGUCUAAUUCAGAAGUAUGAAGAACACCUUUCCCAAUUGUCAAAAAGAUGUGAUGAAAUGAAGAAGCUCUACGGUGACACACUGGUAAAAUUUGGGGAAUCACCAGAUCAAGACUCUCAAGAGCUAUUUGGCUGGAUUUCUGUAUUUAUUAGGGAAUUCAGGAAGGUUUCUGCAGAGAUUACGUCAUAAGGUCACCAAUGUAAUGUUAAAGGAAAAGAACUUCUUCUUAAAUUUUGUGCCAUGGAACUUUGUUGCCUGGAGGGCUUUAGGGGUACUAAGAUGGCACAUAGAAAUUGUACUUGCUCUCUGAGCAGGGGUGAAUUUUGCCUUGUGUGGUAUAGUUAAAGUAGAUUCUAUACACUUACAAGGUUUUAAAAUUUGAUCUUCAAAAUCCCAGAUUAUCUAUGUGCAUCUGCCUGGUUUUGUUUCUAACUGUCUUACCAAUGCAUCUAUUUUGAGGGACAAAAAUAUGUUAUCCACUGAAAUGUCUGUACAUUGGGAGGGGAGAAAAUCUCAGCAUAUUAUAAAUUCUCUUUUUAAUACUUUUCUUUGAUACUCAGUCUUUCAAGUGAAUUUUAUGUAUUCCUCCCAAGGAAAAAAUAACUGUGUGGUGUUCUAAUUUUUUACUCUUUUCACUGUACAUUAUUUAGUAAAAGUAUCAUCUGCUUUGUAAUGAAAUGUGGACUCUUUUUACCCACAGAGGAAAACGAUUAGCAAAAAUUCAUGUUCAUCUGCAUUUAUUACAGCCUGGCAACUAAGAAGGAAUAAUGAGAAAAGCGCAAGGCUCCAUAAUUUUUUUUUUUUUUUUACAAAGCAGUACAAUAAAAUUUGUGCUUUUUUCAAGACUAAUGUUGUAGAUUCAGGUGACAUGCUAUUGGAGUGACUGAAGAUCUGAGAUUUUAGUUGUGUUGGCAAGCAGGGUACAACAUCAGAAAAGGGGAAUGAAAACUUGUCAUGAGGUAUCUAAGUAACGGAUCCUGGAGAAGAUCAUCCAUGAUUUUCAACAUGAAAAGCACUUUGGGUGCGUUAGUUGGGGAAAGUACAGUUUUGAAUUUGAAUAAUUAGCAGAAGCUCAACACACACACACACUUGCUUAGCUGAAAACACACACUUGCUUAGCUUUUGGCAUGUCAUUUGUCUUUUGGAAGACCUAUUGCCUGGGACUACUCAUGCUUAAAUUUAAGAACAGGCAAAAGGAUUUUCAGGAGAUGGGGAUUAACAGUGAAGGUUUGAAACACUCCCACCCCGCCAAGGAAAAGGAACAUGACCCUAGGGAAAAAAAAUCUACAAACGUAUGUGCUUCAUUUUACUCAGAUCAGCAUUAGGGCACUGCAAUUAGGUUGAUGUUGGAAUCAGUGGGACUUAUGCAUGUUGCUUAAAUGCUUUGCUGAAUUGGGUCUAGAUCACCAUUUCUUCUACAUAAGUCAAUCCCCUGUAAUUUUUAUGCAUCUCCAUUAUUAUUGUCCACAUAUUCUAUAGUCAACAAUAUACAGUUAUUACAGCCACUUGGUUUGCUGUGGAUCAUUAAAUUCUCAAAUCUGAAUCAUCUUCAUUGAUAUGUGAAUCAGGUAAAACAACCCUUAAUACAAUUGCCAUUUCCCUGGUAUCCAGAUUCCUGUGUCCCUGAACAGCAUCCGUGAUGGCCAGGAUAAUUUUCAUGUUUUUCUUCCAUUAAGUUAGCACUAAAUAGUUUUCUUUUUGAGAGAUGCUUCUCCCCCCGCAACACCCCAUAGCCUUUUUUGUUAGAAAUAAUAACAGCUUUCACUUGUUUUAUGGCUCAGUUGGCAUGGUCUCUUCCAAUUAAAAAAAAUCGUACUCUGUAGUCAAUAUCUACAUCUUUGUGUGAAUAUACUAGAGCAUUAAUUACAAAAAAUAAUAUCCAAGUACUUCAUUGUUCUAGCCCCUGUAGAGGGAAUGAAGCUUUUUUGCUGAGUGGAAUUUGAUAUGAAGACAUGUUUCAAUUUUCUCAAACUGGCUACUACAUCAGUGGCCAGGAGUUUCAGAGCUCUCCCUGAUUUAAUUUCAGAAAUUCCCUCCUUCUCCACUGCCUUCUUCUUUAUUGGCUUUGCAUCUCUCUGACAGUUUUUUAAUGUCUGCUGAAGUCAAAAAUAUUGCAAUAAUGUAAUAUUUACUUGGAAAGAUAAAGAACUGCCACAUCCAUGUCCUCAUUUGCUUUUCUGAUUACUUACUGAUCGUGGAUAGGCAUUCCUGGCCAUUUUGAGCAGUUCUAAGUCUUAAGGACUCCUAAUCUUUGAGCUCAUAGAAGAUGACUUCCAUAAGAUUCUGAGAGUCCAUUUCUGCCAAUGGACUCAUGAAGUUCGUGAAAGUAGUCCUCCUUCAUGUGACCCCUUUUAUACAAACAUGUCACCAAUCGCAGGAAAGGCAGGUUUCAAAGUUAGUAAUGUGGCCCUGCAAAUAUAUAGUGUAAACAAAAAUACAAUAUGGGUUUUGAACAUUCUUAGAUUAUUCU